AUGAUUGGGCAACUCACUGCUGCAGUUUGCUCUGUCUAUGGCAUUACUUAUUCCUACUAUUACCUGACUCACCUGGCACGUCACCUGAGACAUGUAUUCAGAGGUGCCGAUCCUGAGAGCACAGAAUCAAGAGCAGACUCUCCUCUGGCUUCCUCUGCUCCUGGAGAAGAGGCCAAAGAGGAGCAAAAUGACCACCAGCCUCCAGCUGUGCUCACACCACAGCCAGAACUUUCCAGGACAGUCCCACUAGAGAAAGAGCACGAGCAGAUUGCUUGCUCAGAGAUGCCAUGCCAGCCAUGCCACAUUCAGGGAGAGCUGUCUCCAGCCAAAGAAGGGGAAAAGCAGCUCAGGCAGCAGCUGGAAGAGCCCCAGGAGAAUGGGCAGAACAUGGAGGCAGAGGCACAAGCAGAGCUGCCCAAAGCUCCGAGUGACAUCAUGGCAGUGAAGAGGAGCAACAAGGAAGACAUGAGAAGAACUCAAGAUCGCUGGAACCUGCAGCAGCAGAGGGGCGAUCAACAAAACCAGGUGAGUGGAAGAGUGGCAGCCACUCCACUCCCAAAAGUUUCUGUCUCUUGUCCUUUACAGAACUCUGGUAAGAAGCUGCAAACCGAGCUGCAGAAAACUCGGGCUAGGAUCAAGGCAAGGAAGAACCUUGAUGAGAAGCUGCAGGAAAAGCUGCAGAAAACUCAAGCUAAGAUCAAGGCAGUGGACGAGAGGCUGGAGGUAGAAACGGAAAUUCAAAGAGAAACAGAAGAGAUAAUUAAUCUCCUCCUUGAGGAGCAAGAGGCUCUACAAAAACGAGUGGAAGUGUUGGCAUCUCACCUGGCAGCCUGCAAAGAUUUCCAGCAAGUGACUGGCAACAAGGAGCCUCAAAAUUCCUGUGAGGCACAGCAAGUGUCCCAAGCAGAAGUGCUGCCAGUUGAGCACGUUGUGAAGAUGGUGGAGGAAAAGAGGACUCCGUGCGAGGAGAUCUACACAGGCUCUUCUAUUGAACCUGCAGCAGCAGCAGCUGCAGUGUCAUCUAAAGGAGCCUUUGCUGCCGGAGCUAAGAAGGGGAGCGCGGGCAGUUUGUUCAUCUCCAGCACGGACAGAGCUGCUGCUCAGCACCAGGAGAUGGAGGAUGACUCCCUGCAGCUACUGAGGAAAAUAGUGAACAUGGAAAAUCCCCAGAGGAGAUACACUGAACUGGAAAAUCUUGGCAGCGGGGCUUUUGGAGUUGUUUGUAGAGCGGUGGACACUGCCACAGGAGGAGAGGUGGCCAUCAAGAAAAUAGAUCUUGAAGAAGUGAGCGAGAAGCAAAGAAUUGUUAAUGAAAUCAUGAUCAUGAAGAGGAAUAGGAGUCCCUGUCUUGUGACUUAUUUAGACAGCUACCUUGUGCAUGAGGAACUCUGGCUGGUGAUGGAAUACAUGGAUGGAGGCACUCUGAGCGCUGUCAUCAGAGAGACUCCGAUGACUGAAGACGAGAUUGCAACAGUCAGUCGGGAGUGCCUGCAAGGACUGGAUUUUCUUCAUUCCAACCAUGUGGUGCACAGAGAUGUGAAGAGCAUCAACAUCCUUCUCAGGACCGAUGGCUCUGUCAAGCUGGCUGAUUUUGGCCUCUCUGCUCAACUCACCCCUGAGCAGAGUAGACGGAGCUCGGUGAUCGGGACUGCUUGGUGGAUGGCGCCUGAAGUGGUGAAAGGUCAACCAUAUGGGCCCAAAGUGGACAUUUGGUCUUUUGGAAUUGUGGGCAUUGAAAUGGUGGAACAAGAAGUUCCUUACCAGAAUGCAAGUCCUGUCUCGGUUCAACUCCUGACAGCCACCAAAGGGGCCCCAGAGCUGCGGCGGCCCAAGUUCCUCUCGCCUUUGCUGCGUGACUUCCUGAGCUGCUGCCUGCAGAGAGACGAGGCGCGGCGCUGCUCUGCCAAGGAGCUGCUGCAGCAUCCAUUUGUAACAUCGGCCAAGCCUGUGUCCAGCCUGGUGCCACUCAUCAUUUCAGUGAAUAAGUAGAAGGAGGUGUUGCUAGAGGACACAAAGAGAAAUGAUACUCACACUUAAGUCGUCCAGAAGAGAAGAAGAAACUUUAUUUUGAUUACCUUGCUUAUAUAGAUUCUGGACAAUGUCCAGGGAUUGGAGAACAAGGUUACCACCUCUCCAUCCCACUGUCCAGGCUAGAAGUCAAUCAGUUGUCCCUCAUCAGAAAGGAAUGCGAAAAACAACUCUUUGUUUAUGUUACAAGCCUGAGAAGACUCCACUACCGGAAUGUAAACAUCAGAAGGCUAACAGAAUAGGGCAACAAGGAGGAGACAAGAAUGUGACAAUCACUUUAGAACUGUUCUCCAUCACCAGCUUAGAGUAGGAUUGUAGUGUACAAUUGCAGCAAGGAUUGUAGCGUAGGAUUGUAGCAAAGAAUUGUAGUGUAGGAUUGUAGCCUAGGAUUGUAAAUAAAGUUUCUGAAACCUCAACUCAUUUCAAAGAUUCCCCUCCUUCUGAGCCUGUGAGAAAGCUCAACAUUUCCUGAGACAUAAACUUUAGAGAAUUAAGGAUUUUAGAGGGGUUAAGAUUUUAGUAAGAGAUAAACUUUGCUGGAAUUAACUAAAGUAGAUAGGUAGGCUUUGCUGAAAUUAAAAGUUAGUAAUUAACUAAGAGAAACAGGGUUUGGGAUCACUCUUCCAUAUUAGAAUAACUGAUUACUUGUCAACUUUAUGUUUGGUUAGCUGUGUUAAUAAUGAAGAAUACAGAAACUGAUAAAUAGCUUUUAGGAACAUAAGACAAUUGUAGGCCUCCUCUGCCCAGCAACCCAUUGAACAGCCACAAAGACAGGAAACAGGAGUCCUACCAAGGGUUCAUUUAUCACAUUUGUAUUGAAAAGGUAGAAAGGUCAGAAAGAGGAAGACUUCUUUACUUCCUCAUUUUGGGGACCCCUCUCCAUGAAAAGGACCACCAAUGCAUUUCAAAGAACAAACUACAGCAUGCUUAAUUGCCUUUUAGCUAAUUACCAUAGGAAGCGGGGAAUGGGAUGUACCAGCGUUAUGAAUAUGCAUUUGUGUUUUGGGUAUUCAAUACUUUUGUAAAUAAAAGGAC